GUGUCAUAUAUGAGGGACUCAGCAGCUGAUAGGGGGAUGGGAUAUGUGUCGUCCUUCCUGGGGGGUGAAGGGCAGGAUAACAGCUGUUGUGGAGAGGACCCUGACCAGUGUGGUUCUCGGCUUGUGUGAUUUGUGCUUGUUGCUUCAUGUCUCCUAAGCGAGCUUGUGUUGUGAUGUGAAUGUCUGUGUGUCUUAUGGCCAUUUGCAGCUUCUCUGUUCCUGGCUGCAGUCUCGCACUCACUUAGAUUACUUAUGUAGCUCCUUUCCCUGCAGUUUUGUCUUCAUUAUUACUGCAGCUAGCUUUUCUCUGGCACUUUUCUCCUACUUCUGCACAGGACAUCAUAAUCUUUCCAUCUUUCUUCCUUUUGGUGCCUCUUCUGACAUGAAUGCACUUACAAACUCUAUCUGUGCCCUGGUAUGUAUCUGCUCGCAGGUAUGUGCCCGCAUACUGGGCAGUGUGUGUAUGAGAAGAGGGUAUCACUUGUGGCUGGCAGCAGUGGUCAGUGUGACUCCAUUCCUUCAGGGACUUGGUAACCCCCGCAGCAUUUUCUCCAACUCCAACAACUUCUUCAAUGUGAAGUUUGUGCACUGCUCAUGUGGAUGGACGUUUCUACUCCUGUCUGGAUUUGUCCUGCUUGUGUCUUUGGUCCCCACUCGUCGUCCACUGCUAUGUCUCAUGCAUCUUGCAAGACUUGGCAUAACUACAACCCUAUGUCAAUGCAUUCCCUUCCUCUUCCGAAUCUUGGAGGAUCUGACUGGUUCCUGUCUUCAACCAAUGCCACCUGGUACACUGUUUCUACCACGACUGGAAACUAGGCAAACCUGCCAGGCCGAAGGACAUCAAUGGCAGGGCUACCAUAUUUCUCGGCAGACCUUCACCCUCACCUUAUGCAGCCUGUCUUUGGCAGAAGAGCUAUCUGUGUUUGUGCGCUACCUGAAAAGGGGAUACCCAGCUGGAACUUCUUUGCGUUUAGUCUUCCUAUUGAAUGCCAGUCUUCUGGGGCUUUACAACUUGCUUUUGAUGUGCACAGCUCUUUAUACACAUGAAUAUACACAGAGUGUGGUUGGUGUAGCCAUGGGAACCUUAUUUUGGCACAUUACAUAUCGUGGCUGGUACCGCACAUUCUAUUCUCCUGGGCCACCCGGGCAUGGAAUGUUUCCCAGAUUUGCAGGGGGUAGAAACAAACUGGAAUGAAGAAGAUCUAACAUUUUAUAUGGAAUUUAAAUAUAACAUUUCUCCGAUUUUUUUAUGCAAAUGAUCUGAAAGUAAACUAUUGCCUACUAAUAGAUUUUCAUUCAUAUUUGGUUACUACGAGCAGCUACAAUAUAAAAAAACGGGAGAAGAUUUAAAGUAUAGCAACUGAAUUAACCUUAGUCAUCAAAAAAGUGUAUCCAUGACGAGUAGAGAUUAAAAUAAAGACUACCAGAAGAA